AUGACCGUGACUAGCUUGCUGGGGGCUAUCCUCCUCGUUGCCUCGAUAGUAGUUGCACAAGACUCCUGCUCACUAACACCCAUAUAUCUCGACUUCCACGAUCGUCGGGUCGAUGGUGGCAUAAGUGUCCAGUACGGGCUUUUCACUGGAGUUGGUACACCUUCUCAGAAUCUAUCCCAAUGGCCGUCAUUAUCCAACAAUGAAACCACUGUCAGCAGUCUCGAUUAUUGCAGUAGCACUUCAUUUCAGGACUGUGUGCAGCUGGCUCAUGGAUUUUACGAUCCAACCCUAUCCGAAGACUACCGAUCUACUUCAUCAUAUCAAAGCCUCGACGCCAAUAUCGGAGACAUCCCCGCCACCCUAGUCGAAUAUGCCCUCGAUACCUUCAAUUUGUUUGUUCAUUACUUCGAUCCCUCCCCUCCUGCCGAAUUCCCGGUGCCAGACUUCACAAUCAAAGUGCUUUCCAACUAUUCAUCAUCCUCCACCCCUUGGUUUGGCCCUGCAGGUCUGCUCGGUCUCGGCCCUUCAUCCACCAUCCUUACGCGCGCCCGUGAUGUGGGGUUGAUUACUACUCGCUCUUGGGGUUUAUACAUGGGUACCUACUACAAGGAAGCCAACGGGCUGAUCAAUGGCUCCUUGACCUUGGGAGGAUAUGAUUCUGGCAGAUUUGAAGGCCAAGUUCACAACUACUCCGUUGGCAUUCCCAACCCAGAUGCACACAACUCCCCUUUUGCAUUGAAAAUCUCUCAAAUGACCUUGACCAAUAACAAUGGCGAGGAGACAAAUCUUGUCGAUGACGAGUUCGAAGCAUACCUCACAAGUCACCAGUACGAGAUCAAUCUGCCAGCAGCAGUUCUCGAUGAAUUCGCUGAUAAAACGGGUGCGGAGAUCGCCAACGAUCGAUACCGACUUCCUGACGGUUUCAACUCGACUUUGACGGUCACCCUCUCUUCAGGCUUGAACUUGACUUUUGAGCCCGAAUGGCUCAAGAAUGUGUCCAAUGGUUCACCAUUCUCUGCGACAGCAUCUGACACAGACAGCGCCAAUUCUUCCACCAAUGCACCCGCGCUGCUCGGCUCUGCCUUCUUCACCCAUAUAUACAUGAUGGUCAACUACGAUGCACAACCUGAACCGGCGUUCUACCUCGCCUCUGCGCGUCCACACGGUCCAUAUGUCAUGACUCGCACAUUCUGUGAAGACACACAGCCUACCCCUGCCCCGGCAACCAACAUUUCCAGUUUCGCCGCCUCUGGUAUGGCAGGUGCCAUAGUCGGUGGGGUCGUUGGUGGUAUUGGCCUGACAUUUCUGGUCUGGUGGGCAAUUCGCAAAUAUGCGCAGAUCAGAAGGCGACGGAACCACCAACGCUCAGAGACCAAAGGUAAAUCUGUCGAGGGAGGUAACAUACCUAUUGGCGGCGCCGGGGCGAUUUUUUCCAAGCCAAAAGGAAGCCCGUCAUCAUUCGCUUCCACCGAGGACUAUGAUCAGAUCAAGAACAACAGCGAUCCUAACAUCGACGAAAGACACCGCACCGACAGCUCCGAAAUGGCCGAUUUUGCAUUUGCAUUCAAUGAUGGCAUGCCUCGAGGGUACAUGCAGGACGCCGAUCCCAAUUCUGCAAACUCCCCCAGUAGCCUCAUGUCGGCCGGCUACGCAAUGGUCGCGAGAGAAAUGACGCCAUCUGUCGUCCACGUCCAACAAAAUACACAUAACGCACAAGCGUAUCGCGCAAGUAUCUACAACAACGGCGAGGACUUUGCUCGUGCCGCAAGCCCAUCUACACCUAUAACGGCGCAGCCCUUGAUCGGCAAUCCUAUGCACAAUUUGAAUCGGGACAGUCGGCCAUGGAUUCCCCCACCACCGCCACAGGCAGGGUACAACUUUGCCAAUAAUAACAACCGCGGUGCCUCGCCUUCACCCGGACCGACUGGGUAUCCGGAUAGCUCGACCGCAAGAUUAAAUCUGCCCGCAAUAAGAACAGAAUUCGCCCCACCUCCGGGCAAUGGUUCCAAUGGACGAAGGAAGGACAGUCUACUGAAGAAAGUGCUUCCACAUCAUUCUUCCUCGAGUAGGAAUCGAUGA